AUGAAUGCUUUCGGACCCCUCGCGAACAAGCCGUUGUUUAUGUGCUUUACCGCACCUUAUGGAUACGAUGCUGGAGACGAUGCGAAGACUUCAUCGGUCACCCCUGCUUGGCGCACUGCUCUCUGGCAUGUCAUUGCACUUGACGAGUGGGAUCCAAAUGAGGACCAAGCCACCAUCGAAGCAGAGUUCAAGAAGACGCACGACAUUAUACAGCCCUUGAUCAAGUUAACUCCAGGCAGUGGAGCAUACCAGAACGAGGCGGAUACGUUUGAGACUGAUCCUAUUGGGGCAUACUGGGGACAAGACAACUACAACAAGCUGUUGUCAAUCAAGCAAAAGUACGACCCAUCGAACGUGUUGACUUGCUGGCACUGCGUGGGCUGGAACAGCGCAGACAGCAGAUACAGCUGCUACCCUGAUGCAUAG